CGCAUUACAGCGUUGUUGUUCAUGUUUAGAUGUAUUUGGGUCGUGUUAAAUAUUUGUAUCGGUGAUAAGACAAUAUUUGUGAAUCGAGCUUACGUAUUGGCCGGGGUCAGAUUUCCAGCUCGUGCAUGAAAUUACCGAUGUUAUGUAAAAAUACGGACAUGUGACCACAAUCAUCUGGAAAUGGCGGACGAGGAAACAGAUCUUGCAAAUGGAGAGGGUUCAUCCACCAAUGAGCAGUCCAGUCUGCUUCCUGAGGAAACAUCAAGUGUUGGCAAAGUCGUCUCAUCGCCUAUUCCCGGAUUUCCACCUUUUUUCCAAUUCGCAAAACUGCAAACCGAAGCAAGUGGAUGGAAUUCUGAUGUGACAACAGCAACUGAGUUCACGAGGUGCAGUGAUGCAAUGACAGACACAGCAUCAUUCGUGGAUAACGCAGGGGUCAGCCACGAUAACGCAGUUGAUUCGUCACUGUCAGGUAGUGCUGCAGCUGAAUCAACGCCUGUCGAUGGAGUUGACGUGAUUGAAAAUAUGGAAAAACGCGAAAAUGUACUCGAGCAGGAAGAUGGCGAAGUGGACCACGAGGGUCUAGACAAAGAAGAUGAGGAUGGCGCAAUAAACGAUGAGCCAGACGAAGAAGAGGCAGAAUCGGAUCCUUAUUUUUACACUAAGCGAGAUGAAUUUACCUCCGAGAUUUAUAAGAUAGAACUUCAAAAUCUUCCCAAAAAAUGUGGUUAUAAGCAAUUCAAGAAGAUGAUUGCAAACAGACUCAAUGUAAGACCAGUAAAAGUUAAACUACCCCCAGGAGCAAAUCAUGCCUACGUCACCUUCAGGAAUGAAGAGGAAAGGAGGCUGGCCAUCAGAUCAUUAUCAGGACACAAGUGGAAGGGGAGAGUGCUUUCUGCUAAGCCAGCCCAGCCACUUCCUGAUCCUCUAGCUUUGCAGCGAGCAGAAGGAUUGGCAAGAAAAAGGAUGAUUCAGGAUGCAGCGCGUUCAAACGUAGAUGCCAAGAGAAUAAAAGUUGAUGAAGAUGAAGGAGAAGAGCUAGCCAUUUCUGUCAGGUUAAACCAUGUUGUGACUCCUUUGUGGGAUCAGCCAUACAGCAAGCAAAUGGAAACUAAGAGGAGUAACAUGCUGGAGAUUUUGGGGAAACUCACUAGAAAGUUGAAAGCCAUAAUGGUGCUGAAGAACAACUGGGUGGAACAAGAAAGUGCUAAAAGAAAUGGAAUUUGUUGUGAGCUUCUGGACUGUGUUGAAUCACCUGUUCUCGAUGGGUAUCGAAAUAAGUGUGAGUUCACUAUAGCUGAAGGUCCUGAUGGAGCUAAAACAGUUGGAUUCCGCCUUGGUUCGUAUAAAGAGGGUUAUAGUGGAGUUGUAGAGCCAUCUGAAUGUAUUCAUAUUUCAGAUAAGGCCAAGGCCAUUGCUAAGGCUUUUCAGACUUAUGUACGGAAGUCGCCAUUGCCAGUAUAUGAUCUCUGUUUCCACACUGGAUAUUGGCAAACAUUGACAGUUCGAAGCACUAUGUAUGGUGACACCAUGGCCGUGCUACAGUUCAGCCCUCAAAAAAUGACUAAGGAAGAAAUUGAAGCAGAAAAAGAGCAAAUCAGUGAAUAUUUCAAAACAGGAGAAGGGAAAGAUGUAACACUUACAUCACUCUAUCUUCAAAUAAAUCACACGAGGGCUGUAGGAGGAAAUGCAGAGGCUCCUUUUGUUCAUAUCAUGGGAGAUGAGCAUAUUUAUGAAGAGCUUUGUGGAUUGAAAUUCAGAAUAUCUCCUGAUUCCUUUUUUCAAGUGAACACCAAGGCAACUGAAAAGUUAUUUGACUUGCUGAAAGAGUGGUGUGGUGACCACCUAGACGAAACAGUGGUACUUGACAUAUGUUGUGGUACUGGAGCCCUUGGUCUAUGUCUGGCCCAGAGCGUGAAGCGAGUGAUAGGUGUUGAGAUUAUCGAAAAUGCUGUGGAAGAUGCCAAAGCUAAUGCGGAUUUAAACGGGGUUUCAAACGCUCAGUUUGUCUGUGGGAAAGCGGAAGACAUCAUUGUUGACGUGUUCAAGAACAUGCCGAGAAAAACUAAGAUCAUCGGCAUCAUGGACCCACCCCGAGCUGGACUUCACCAGUCAGUUAUACACGCAAUCAGGAAGAGUCGUCGGAUGGACAAACUGAUAUACGUGUCAUGUAACCCAAGCGCUGCUUUCGUGAACUUUCUCGAUCUAUGUAGGCCAACCUCAAAGAGGAUCAAAACAGCACCAUUUCGCUUGGUUAAAGCCGUACCUGUGGAUCUUUUUCCUCAUACUAAACACUGUGAAUUAUUGCUGCUGUUUGAGAGAGACAUGACCUCUGUGGAUGCAGCAAAGUUUUACAAGUGGUACUACUAAACUGGUCAUCAAGGUGUACUUACCUUCAUCGAUCAGGAAAUAGUUAAUAUAACAAGUUUAGGUUUAUGAUUUCGAGUUUUUGAGUUUGAAUAAUUUGUUUCUUUUUCUGUUUAACGUUAAUGAAUAACCCACAGAAAACAUAAUACUCACCAUAUUAGUAUUAUUAGUGUGAAAUUAUUUAACAUUGUGGUUUUCAAGGACCUAGUUUUGUUAUGUUCUGUUAGCCUGAAUAGACAUUUUCUUUCUUUGAAACAACAGCAUUACCGAGUUAUGCUGAAUUGUAAGUGAAUUUAUACAGCAUGAAUUGAAGAUCAAAGGUGAAAUUGUUUUUUCGAACCUCAAACUCGUAACUCAUUGAUCUAACAUGUCUUACAGAGAAGAUAUUACAUGGCUGUGCGUGGAUACGAAUUUAGUCCUCGAGUGUUCGAUGGGAUGAUAUCAACACGAGAAGAUAAAUUCGUAUCCACUAGGUGACAUUUUAAUGUUCUGUUUACGUAAAUAUUGAUCGCGAGUCAAGAUCACAUCAAUUUUUAACCAAAUUUUAAUGGAACCAAAUGCAAAAAUCACCUGCACGUAAACUCAGCUCGUAGGAAAGCUAUCUCAGCUUUCUACAUAACCGUAAAACAAAAUAUAAUACCAAAAAUUUAUUCCUUUGAACUAAAUAAUAUAUAAUUCUGACCUUAGAGGUAAACAUUAUUCGAAGAGAAAGGUUACGUGGUUGACUCUGACACAGAGUACGGCCAUUAAAAAGAAAGAACAUUUGAUACUGAACUGGCUUCUGCUUGACUUAGUUUUUUCUUUAACGCGCUUAAAAAAUCAAUGCAUCCAGAAGUUCAAGAAAUGGAAAUGGUUGUUAGAAGUAGUAUUUAAUGUAAAAUCAUCUUUGGAUUGCAAUAUUUAACGUAGGUAUAGACGUAAAUUAUUGUGAAAGUCAAUGCGUCAGAAUGUUGUAUCUGCCGCAUUUGAGAAUAAGCAAGUCUACAGAGGAUAUAGAUUCCCAUUAAACUAAAGUUGUGA